AUGCCUGCCGAAACCAAGAUGGACGACUUCGUAAUGGCAAGUUGCUGGCCUAUGCCUUCAACUGACCUUUCAGAUCUGCCUCCCAGCAACCUUACGAAGAAUGAGGGAGAUGCUGAAGAUGAUUCUGCAGUCACGUCCCUGGCCGUCAGCAAGGAGUGGUUCUGGCCUGUCGGCGCGUGGCUCCAUGUGCGCUUCAUGAACAAGGAACCCAACCCUCGUUACGAGAAAAUGGUGAAAGACGCGGCGAAGAUCUGGGAAAAGUAUGCAAACAUACACUUUGUGUUUGAUAAUGCAGAAAACGCCGAGAUUCGUAUUCUCUUUGACAGCAAGUUAAAGGGGGGUCAAUCGUUCAUUGGAAGACAUCGACGAGAUGAAACACCAAAGGAGGAAUCGACAAUGGUGUUGGGCCUGACAUUGGAUGAUGGGCUGUUUCGAAGGACGGCGUUACAUGAGCUUGGCCAUGCACUCGGUUGUAUCCAUGAGCAUUCCAGUCCAGCAGCCGAGAUUGAAUGGAACAAAGAGGAGGUCAUUAAAUGGUAUGCAACGCAGAAACUGUCGGCAAGUUGGGUCGAAAACAACAUCUUCAAACACUACCAAAAGAGCCCCUCGAUUCAGACGUCCACGUUUGACAAUCGGUCCAUCAUGAUAUACCGCAUAUGUCCGGGGUGGGCACAAAACGUUCCCUACAUCGAUUGGCCCAAUGAGCUGUCUGAUAGGGACAAGAUGCUUAUCCAGAGGAUCUACCGCUCCAACAAGCGAACGACGGAGUUUGGGAUCUUCGAUACGCAAGAAAAGGGAGGAAAGAAGAAGCCUCAGUUACACCAUGUCAAGAGCGUUCCACUUCAGAACCCAGACGACAAAGCUCUGGACAUUACGCUUGGACUCACCAAGUUCGAUCUUGAGUGUAACGAUGGAAUACAAGAUGUGCAGCUCAAGGCAUAUGCGGAUGCCAUCGAGACGACGAGCUUCAAUCUCAACCUCAGCUCUGUGGAAAGCGGCCGUCUAUACGCCGCCGCAGCAAUCUCUCUGGCGAGCGAGCAGCACAACUCCUCCAUUCAGACCGGCUGCUACACCACGAGCCGGGAAGAUACUCAAGACGGCGUGGAGUACGUGACACCCAUCAAGUUCAAAGACGCCUUCAACACGGUACCAGAAGUUGUUGUCUGGCUCAAGGGCUUCCACUUCAAAUCAGGAGAAUGCUUCAAUCUCCAUGCCACAGCAGACAACAUUACCAGCACCGGAUUCAAGCUGCACGUCGAAACAUGGGACAAUGCUGCCCUUGAAAGUGCCGAGGUGUCGUGGAUUGCCUACGAAAAGGACCCUCCUGGCAUCCGCUCCGGCAAGAUCGAGUUCCACAACUUCAAAGAGCGGGAUGCGGAUGCCAACCCGCAUCAUAUCAAAGAGAAAUAUCGGGCCAAGCAGAUUCAACUCGACGAAUGGCGCCCUCAGAGCGUGUAUGCCGCUGUUUCCAAGUUUGAAUUUGAAAAGGGCCAUAACCCGCGGCUGGAAAUCACCACGACGCUGGGGCGGUCUUCGUUUGAAGUCGAGGCGGUGACGUGGGAGGAUAGUCGAUGUCAAGCGGUGGAGGUGUCGUAUUUGGCUGUUUGCAUCUGA